CAUUUUCCUUGACUUGUUGAAAUCCUUGGGCACAUCACCUACAAGCCGAGCUCGCACAGAAUAAAGCUAACGAAGACAGACCGCUCACCCAAAACCCCUCUUGAACUACGUAACCCGCCUCCGAUUCGUUAGAAUGCCGCCUCGUCCGGAAGGCACCGAUGGCUCAGACUGGAGCUACCGGGAGGUCGUUGAAGAUCGCUACAAGCGCAUGGCCGUCAACAUGAGCGCCACACUCGUGCUCCACCAAGUACAGACACUGAUCGUGGUCUUGAAGCUGGCGUGGACGUGUAUCCCCAUCUACACUGGCGAGGGCACCCCCAACCAGUUCUUCUAUGCGUGGGCGGUGCUGCUGCUGCUUGGCAACGUGUGCUUCUACCUGGGCAAGCCCCGCGGCCGCUGCAUCCUGCCGUACAUGAAGGUGGCGGUCACGUGCGUGCUGCUGACCAUGGCGCUGACGUUCAUCGGCAUCUGGAAGAUGUACAUGCUGGAGCCCAAGACCAGCAUGCUUUCGCGGCGCCUGUUCAAGUACCUGAAAGACACAGGACGCGUCACCUCCAUCAAGGCUUUGGACACGUUCACGACCAUAGAGGGCCUGAUCGACGCGGCGACGCUGGCGGCGUGCGGAGUGUGCUUCUUCGUGUUCAACAACUGGGUGAAGGACGCCAUGGAGGUCGUCAAGGAGCGCGAUGAGCGCAUCAAGGCGGCGGGCGCCGGCGCCGCGGCGGCCAAGGCGGCGGGCCUCAAGAAGCGGCGGUAAAGAUGGAGGGUAGCUAGAGGGCUGUGUGUUGUGUGGUGAUGGAGCAUGGCUAUAGGCGAACAAUGUUUGUGCUCGCAACUCGCAACUGAGUGGAAUCAUGAGCGGCGCCAGGCGGGACGUCGCAACGCUGGAUACGCUUCCCUAUGCGUUAGCGCGGCGGAUCGUGUGAGCUGGUGGAUGGGGUAAUCAUGAAGGCCCAGGGGCCAGGGCACAUGAAGAACAACAUGCCAUAACGAGUCAACGCAGUGAAGGCAUGUGUACCGACAUGGCAGCCUGGGAAUAGGUUGUGCCACUGUGCUGAAGUAUGGAGUGGGGCCUGAGGCGCCCCUCUGCUGUGUGAGGUGAUGUUCAGAGGUUGGACCUAGUAAAGACGCUUGCCUACAGGUCCAGGCGCACAGGCAUGAGAGUGAGUUAUU